CAGAAGAAGCGAGCUCCAACUCUUACCCAAUGAGCUCGCAGCCUCCCGUAAGACACACACGCACACCCACACGCACACACACCGCCACACGCUGCGCGCAGCACGCGUGCUCAUACAGACCCUCGCUCUCAGCCGACACUACUGGCUGCUGUACCGCCCGACCCUGGGACACAGAGUGAGAGACCGGCACACAGAGAGAGACAGCGAGACAGCGGGAGAGAGAGAGAGAGAGAGAGAAGGAGAGAGAAGGAGAGAGAGAGGGAGCGCGACAGAGAGGGGGAGUGAGAGGAGCAAACGGGAGCAGAAGAAGAAGAGUGAGAGCGGGAGCGCUGGAGGAGUAUGAGGGGGAGAACCAUGGCUUCCGACGGGGGGCUGCUUGCGAUGCUGCUAUGGACUAUAUCUGUGUGCGCGGCUGCCACGGCGGCAAGCGGCGGCAACCAAGUGAACCUGCUGGACACGACAACAAUCACGGGAGACUGGGGCUGGCUCACCUAUCCUUCCCACGGGUGGGACGCCAUUAACGAGAUGGACGAGUACUUCGCGCCCAUCCACACGUACCAGGUAUGUAAUGUGAUGAGCCCGAGCCAGAACAACUGGCUGAGGACGGGAUGGCUGCCGCGCGACGGAGCCAGGAGGAUCUACAUCGAGGUGAAGUUCACCCUGCGAGACUGCAACAGCAUGCCAGGUGUGCUGGGGACCUGCAAGGAGACCUUCAACCUGUACUACUACGAGUCUGACAGAGCGGUGGGCUCGGCCAUCAGAGAGAACCAGUUCAUUAAGAUCGACACCAUCGCUGCUGACGAGAGCUUCACCGGGGCUGACCUCGGCGUCCGCCGGCUCAAACUCAACACAGAGGUGCGGGGGGUGGGCCCGCUGAGCCGCCGGGGCUUCUACCUGGCCUUCCAGGACAUCGGCGCCUGCAUCGCGCUCACCUCUGUGCGCGUCUACUACAAGCACUGCGUGGGCGUCAGCCGCAACCUGGCCGUGUUCACGGACGUGGUGACGGGCGCCGACUCGUCCUCGCUGGUGGAGGUGCGCGGCCGCUGCGUGGACCACGCCGAGGAGCGCGACACGCCCAAGAUGUACUGCAGCGCCGAGGGCGAGUGGCUGGUGCCCAUCGGGAGGUGCGUGUGCUCCGCCGGCUUCGAGGAGCACAGGGAGUCUUGCGUGGCCUGUGAGAUGGGCUUCUAUAAGCCGGUGGCGGGGGACGGGCUGUGUGGGAAGUGUCCCCAACACAGCCACUCGGAGACCAGGGCCGCCCUCUUCUGCCCCUGUGACUCCAGCCACUACCGGGCCCCCGACGACGCCCCCGCGGCCCCCUGCAGCCGCCCUCCCUCCGCCCCGGUCAGCGUGGUCUCGUCUGUGAACGGGACCUCGGUGUUCCUGGAGUGGGGGCGUCCUCUGGACACGGGGGGCCGCAGCGACCUGCAGUACAGCGUCCUGUGUCAGCGCUGCAGCGGCCCCCCGCCGGCCGCCUGCGAGGACUGCCUCACCUCCGUCGCCGCCGCCUCCUCCCAGCUCGGGGGCGUCGCCAAGGGCCCCGUCGGCAUGGGGGGGGGAGGGGGGCCGGCGGGCGGCUCGGUGGAGCGCUCGGGGUCGGCGGCCGCGCUGGGCGGCAGCGUGCGCUUCGUGCCGCGGCCCAGCGGGCUGACGGACCCCUGGGUGACGGUGCUGAACCUGGUGGCGCACGCCAACUACACCUUCCGCAUCCUGGCCACCAACGCCGUGACGCGGCUGAGCGGGGAGCCCGUGCCCUACGUCUCCGUCAACAUCACCACCAACCAGGCAGCCCCGUCCGAGGUGCUCGCAAUCCGCCAGGAGAACGCCAGCCAGAACACCGUCAGCCUGCAGUGGCACGCGCCGCGCCAGCCCAACGGAGUCAUCCUGGAGUACGACAUCCAGUACUACGAGAAGGACCAUGAGCACCAGAACUACUCCACCCUGAAGUCCCGGAGCACCAGUGCUAUCGUCUCAGGGCUGAAGCCCGGCACCAAGUACAUCUUCCAGAUCCGAGCCCGGACCUCCGCGGGCUGCGGCCGCUUCAGUCACAACAUAGAGAUCCAGACCGGGAAAGCAGUGCCCAUACGAUACAGAGCCAUCAGCAUCACAUGGAUCUGUGUUGCCUUGGUUUCGGGCCUGCUCACCUUCCUGGCCGUCGUCAUCUGCAGGAAACGGCAAGGCUACACUUUACCACACUACCCGUCGCUGCUACACUGCGGCUACAGCAAGGCCUUCCAAGACUCUGAUGAGGAGAAGAUGCACUACCAGAAUGGCCACGUGUCAUUCCCUGACGCACGGUUCUAUAUCGACCCGCACACAUACGAGGACCCCUGCCAGGCCGUCCAUGAGUUUGCCCGCGAAAUUGAGGCGUCCAGGAUCAAAAUAGAGAAAAUCAUUGGCUCAGGGGAGUUUGGCGAGGUGUGCUACGGCCGGAUGCGUCUGCCGGGGAAGCGGGACAUCCCGGUGGCACUGAAGACCCUGAAGGCGGGCUACAGCGACAAGCAGAAGAGGGACUUCCUGUCCGAGGCCUCCAUCAUGGCCCAGUUCGACCACCCUAACGUCAUCCGUCUGGAGGGCGUGGUCACGCAGAGUAAGCCGGUGAUGAUCAUCACAGAGUACAUGGAGAACGGCUCACUGGACGCCUUCCUGAGGAGGCACGACGGCCAGUUCACGGUGAUCCAGCUGGUGGGCUUGCUGCGGGGCAUCGCGGCCGGGAUGACCUACCUGGCGGGGCUGGGCUACGUGCACCGGGACCUGGCCGCCCGCAACAUCCUGGUCAACAGCAACCUGGUGUGUAAGGUGUCCGACUUCGGACUGAGCCGCGUGCUGGAGGACGACCCCGAUGCCGCCUACACCACCAGUGGGGGGAAGAUCCCGAUCCGCUGGACAGCCCCCGAGGCCAUCACCUACAGGAAGUUCUCCUCGUCCAGUGACGUGUGGAGCUACGGCGUGGUCAUGUGGGAGGUCAUGUCGUACGGGGAGCGGCCCUACUGGAACCUCACCAACAGAGACGUGAUCAAGUCGGUGGAGGAGGGCUACCGGCUGCCCGCUCCGAUGGGCUGUCCCGGGGCGCUGCACACCCUCAUGCUGGACUGCUGGCAGAAGGACCGCAACCAGAGGCCGCGCUUCUGCCAGAUUGUCACCGUUCUUGACAAGCUAAUCCGCAACCCGGAGAACCUAAAAUCCAUGGACACGCUCUGCAGGUUAAGCAGUCCCACGCUGAUGGACAGAGCCAUCCCGGACUUCAGCAGCUGUAACUCUGUCGAUGAGUGGCUGGACACCAUCAAGAUGAGUCGCUACAAGGACCACUUUGCAGCCGGAGGCUACCACACGCUGGGACACAUCCUCAGCAUGAACCAAGGGGACAUCCAGCGGCUGGGGGUAACACUAAUGGGUCAUCAGAAGAAGAUCAUGACCAGCGUGCAGGUGAUGAGGGUGCAGGUUCUGAACAGGAGCGUACCGUCCGUGCACGUAUAACCUCUCUGAGACGCCGUCAAGCACACACAGAUUUACUGUCCAGGCCCCGCCUCCUGAAGCUGGCUUAUUGGAACUCCAUGGUGGGGAACGACCAAUCAGAGACACUAUAGGAAGGACCCGGAGGACACGAUGAGACUUUUUCUCUCUGAAUGGAAAAAGCGAGAUGUUUGAAACAUGGAGCAUUAGUUGAUGUGGUUUCGUUUCUGGGAUGAUUCUGACAUUUCUUGAGUUUCUAUGAGUUUUAAAAGUCUUGUUUAUAUAUAAAAAAAAAGGACUGCCUUAAUAUCCACAAGGUAGGACGUUUAUCGUAUACCAGGAGUAGGAUAUCAAACCUAUCAGAGGUCAUUUAUCAAAAUAAUGUAACAUAUUGAAGUGGCCAAAAGGCUUGCGUCGUAGGGGUAUCUUUCCAAAUGACACGCAAAAUCAACCCUUACCCCCCUCCUCCAAUCCAUAUAGAAAGAUAUGGGGGGGGGGGGGGGGGGGGGGGGGGGGGGUCAUGGCUUGUGCCAUGAAGACAUGAAGAAGAAUAAAGAGGUGCUAUAGGGCUCACCUGAGUUGCCAGGUCUCCACAGAGGCUAUUAAUAAAUACCACCUCCUCCUCGUCCUCCACCUCCACCUCCUCCUCCUCCUCCCCCUCCUCCUCCUCCUCCU